AUGUCGCUGUGCCAGAACCGCCUGCAAGAAGAGCGAAAGCAGUGGCGUCGCGACCACCCAUUUGGUUUUGUCGCAAAGCCGACACGCACUGCGCAGGGUGGUCUAGACCUGAAGAACUGGGAGUGUGCUGUCCCAGGGAAGGCCAAUACUCUCUGGGAAGGUGGCUUGUUCAAGAUGUCUCUAAUUUUCCCCGAUGGUGAGCGGCGCAAUACAUUCCUCCUAGCCGACGAUCCUUUUACUAAUCCAGAUGGCAAAUUCGUCCCGCCACUCUUCCACCCCAACGUCUACCCUUCCGGAACAGUGUGUCUAUCAAUUCUGAACGAGGAGGAGGAUUGGCGACCUGCCAUCACCAUUAAGCAGCUCUUGCUUGGUAUCCAGGAUCUUUUGGACGAUCCGAACCCUGAGUCGCCUGCACAGGCAGAUGCCUACAACCUUUUCAAGAAGGACCGUCCUGCUUACGAACGAAGGGUCCGUCAGGUUGUUCGGGAGAACCAGCCCAACUAG